AGAUGCAGCAUUUUUACAUGGUAAAGAAUUCAUAAUGGACAAAAACGCGACAAAGUGAGGCUUUUGUUUUGCUAUUUUCUGCCAGCUGAUGAUGCAAGCAAUGAUUUGAUAGGCUCAUAUGCUGAAACAACACCAGCAAAUAGGGCAUUACAUACUGACAAGAUGCUGUUUGUAGUUGUGGAACGGAAAGGAUAAAUGAUGAGAGUAAAAAGAAUCUUACCAAUGCUAUGUGCUCACAGCUAAACAUGUUGGGAUCAUUGGAGACAACCUGUAAUUAAUAAGACCCAAAUCAAACUUGACUUUGCCUGAUCAUGCUGGGAUAUUGGAUAUACCAGAGAUGCUAGAACUACGGUAAAUAUGAUGCAACAUCGGCACAUUUGGCCGCACAAGUAGUGAGGAUGAAGAGACGAGGUCAGUCCAGAGGCCAGAGGUUUGUCAAGGCUGACUACUAUGAACUGGACUGGUACUAUGAAGAGUGCAGUGAUGCAUUCGUCCAAGUGAACCAAAUGUGGCAGCUCCAAUUUGUUUUCCCCUGGACUCUUUGCAAAUGAAACUCAAAGAUUUGGAAGAAGAAAACAAAUCCCUGCGAUCUGUGGCGAGUCAUUUGGAGACCGAAACGAUCUCGUAUGAGGAAAAAGAACAACAGCUUGUCAAUGACUGCGUCAAAGAACUGCGUGAUGCCAACCUGCAGAUCUCCUCUCUGGCAGAAGAGCUGGCCAGAAAGACUGAAGAUUCUUCCAGACAGCAGGAAGAAAUCACACACCUCUUAUCGCAGAUAGUAGACCUGCAGAAGAAGGCCAAGCUCUAUGCUGUGGAGAACGAAGAGCUGACGCAGCAUUUGGGUGCAGCCAAGGAUGCUCAGAGACAGCUCACUGCUGAGUUGCAGGAGUUGCAGGAUAAGUAUGUAGAGUGUAUGGAGAUGCUCCAUGAAGCUCAGGAGGAGCUGAAAAACCUGAGGAAUAAAACUCUACCACUCAACAACCCAAGGCGUUUUCAUUCCCUGGGACUGUUCCCAAUGGACUCUCUGGCUGCAGAAAUAGAAGGCACCAUGAGGAAGGAGCUUCAGAUGGAUGAUCCAGAUGUAGAAGAACAGAGACUACACCCAAAGCGAGUGUUCCAGACUGUGAAAAACCUGAACUUGAUGCGUCCACAGCGUUCCUCCACUGCCUCCUCUCCUCUCAACAUCCCAGGCUCCAACCAGACCUCAUGCUUUACCUCAGGGCGCUCCAGCAGGUUGGGCACACCUCGCUCCAACUCCAUUUAUAGCAGCGAAACAGGAAGCGGGAUCAUCUUUGACAACAUAACGAGCAGUAUCCUGGAGUGUCCAGAUGAUGGAUCAGAGGACUCCAACAAGCGCCCCCCUGGUACCCCAGGAACUCCAGGCAGCAGGGACCUGGAGGCGGCUCUGCGCCGCCUCUCCCUCCGCCGCGACAACUACCUCUCUGAAAAGCGUUUUUUCGAGGAAGAGAGGGAAAGAAAGCUAGCUUACCCGUCAAAAGAGGAGGAGAAAGAAGGUGGGGAGGGUAGCGGAGGACCGGGGACCCCAACAGAGAGUCUGUUGUCUCUGUGCUCACACCCCUCCUUCGGAAGCAUCUUGUCUGGAUACUCUAUCACAGCAAGGUCCUACCUGCCGGAGAAGCUGCAGAUUGUAAAGCCACUAGAAGGUUCUGCCACCCUCCAUGCAUGGCAGCAGUUGGCUCAGCCCCACAUGGGGGCUCUGCUGGAUCACCGGCCUGGUGUGGUCACCAAGGGCUUCCGCACGUUAGCUCAUGAGCAGGAGCAGGAAGACGGCUGGCAACUGGAUCAACCAGAGGAGGACGAAGUGUCAUGUGACUCGUUCAGCAGCUCUGCUCCAAUCAGUCUGCUCCACUCUACCUCUGCCUGCUGCAACAACAUGAGCCGCUCUGAUGCCAACCUCCAACCAGAAGGACUCGGUGGAGGGAUCUGCUGUGCUAGAGAGGCAGUAAAAGGAAAAGAUGGACUCGUUGGCAACACGUCCCUCCCCAGUUUGUCCUCUCCUUCUCCUGUCCCUGCCUCUUCAGAGAUCAACAGGCACAUGGACUUCAACGAGCUCCAAGCCCUGCAGUCCACCACUGUGGACCACAUGCCUGUUCAUUUCCCAGGGAAAUGUUUGUCCCAGACCAGCUCCACGUACACCUUCACCACCUGCAGGAUCCUCCACCCGUCUGAUCAGCUGACCACUAUGUCUCCCAGCCUGGCUAUAUCCACGUCUCAGAGCAUCGGCACACCCUCCCACGCCUCCUCCCCUGUACCAUUCUCAGCUCCGCACACACCGUCCUACACCCCCUGCUGCACCCCACGCCGCCUCUCUCUUUCCCUCUCCCUCGGGGAGUCGUCCACCAACCUCCGGGAUUCCACCAAGACUACCAGCACUUCACUGGGCCUGGUGCGCCUCCUGCAGGAACGGGGCAUUUCUGCCUCCGUGUACAACCCGUGCAGCUGGGACCGAGUGCUGGAUGCUGGGGUCGCGUCUACAAUCAUCGAAAGGAUUCAGGAGCCGAGGUGCACAGCUGGACCAGGAGAGAGUGAAGUCAGACAGCUGGUGACACGGCCCAACAGCCUCCUCCUGCAGCCCUCCAGCCCACCCUGCUCACCUCGCUCCAAAUCUGCCUCCUCCAUCGCAGCGCGUGCUGCGUUUCAGUUCAGCCCCAUCAGCGACGACCCGCCGUAUCGUGAUGCCUUCCUGGCAUCUAAACCAGCCCGCACCAUUCUGAGGGAAGUGUUGGGGGAUUUGGAGAGAGAGCGUGCUGCUCAGGUGGAUGACGACAGCCAAAGUGAGGUGACCAGCCUCAGACUAGUGGACAAGCUGAAGCGUUUCCCCACACUGUCCCCUCUCUCAGCCUCUGGCUCCUCUGGGAAUGCUCUGUUAGCCCCGUUUAGCUCUGCAGGGAUGGCGAACAGCGCACUGGGUGGGGGGCUUCCAGGUUUAAACACAGGCCUGAGGAGGAACCGAAGCUAUCCUGCCAUGGUGGGGGCCAGCAUGGCGAUGAAAGACCCAGGUGGCCCACCCUGCACACUCAUAACACACACCAUGCAAACCUCCCAGACACAGGAAAUGGAAGACCCGCCAGAAAGAGGCAAAGUGCAACCAAAGCACUCUGUGGUGAGGAAGGCCUUCCAAAUCCCUCCGACUGUAAACGCCCUGCAGACUGUGACCGCGCAGGCUGUGAAUCAGAGACGCACCAGAGCAGAGCAUGGGCCGCAGGCCUCAACAACACAACACGACGACACCAGGACAUAGUAGGAACACACCUGUACUGUAAAUUAGCUCAUACUCCAGCUGCUUCACCACCAAGCCAAAUACUUUAUUUAAUGCUCAGCUGCUGUCACUGAAAGAUGACUGAUGCAAUCCACUCACUGAAAUACUGGUUGGAGCCACGAGAAGUCAAAGAAAAGAGGUGGCCAUGAAGAAAACCAGUAGUGGCUGAAGCUGUUAUCCUGUUUUAUAAACUGUCAGACCAGACGGUGACGUAUGCUGCCUUCCUUUGUGUCAUUUAUUUUUUAUUAUAAAUUGUACUGUAUGUGCAAUAUACUGUGGAAUAUAAUUUAACAUUAUAGCCCUAAUCUGGUGUACAUUUU